AGCCGCGCGCCGGAAGGACACCCCCCCCCCCAGCCAGGGCCUGCCGGGAGGAAGAGCUCGGGUCCUGGAGGGUGGGGGUGGCGGCGCAGGGGGUCGCCAUGGCUACCGAGCCCGAAGCCUCGGAGCCGGUGGUGCCGUCGCUCGUGGAUCGUUACUUCACUCGCUGGUACAAAGCGGAUGUCAAAGGAAGACCCUGUGAGGACCACUGUAUACUACAGCACUCUAACCGAAUAUGUGUCAUCACAUUGGCAGGAUCUCAUCCGGUUCUUCAAAGUGGAAAAACAAUUAAAAGCAUUUCCUAUCAGAUCAGUACCAACUGUAGCAGGCUUCAAAACAAGGUCUCUGGGAAAUUUAAGCGGGGAGCACAGUUUCUAACAGAACUUGCACCUCUGUGUAAGAUUUACUGCUCAGAUGGAGAAGAAUAUACCAUAUCUAGUUGCGUUAGAGGACGGCUGAUGGAAGUGAAUGAGAACAUUCUCCAUAAGCCAUCUAUUCUUCAAGAAAAGCCAUCCACUGAAGGCUACAUUGCAGUUGUGUUACCCAAAUUUGAAGAAAGUAAAAGCAUAACAGAAGGGUUACUGACACAAAAAGAGUACGAAGAAAUCGUAGUGAAACGUAUUAAUGCCACUACAGCUACAUCAUGAGGAUUGAGAUGGAGUAAAAAGCAAAGCAGGAUUAUCCUUACCUGGCCCAAACCAUCAGUGUGCUAAAUGAGAAGUCCCAGUAUAUGUAAAGUGUACUUCACACCCAGCUACCCACAGGGGAGGCCUAGUUUUCCCUCUUUGUCUUGCUUAAUGACCCUUGAUUCUCAUUUGUCUUCAGCUUCUCUGAUCUUCCCUGUCCAUGUACUCACUCUGUUCUUCUCUUUCUUCUGUCUAACUAAACUGCCAAGCAUGGGCUGUUUUUCUGAUUAAAAGCAAACAAAGCUCUUUGAGAAAGACUUAGAAAAUACAGAAAAGUUUUUUAAGUAAGUAGCCAAGUAAAAGUAAUUGACCCAUCAUCCUAUAACCUGGAAGUAAAUACAGUUGACCCUUGAACAACAUGGGUUUGAAUUAAAUGGGUCCACCUAUAUAUGGAUUUUUUUCAAUCCAGUGCAGAUCAAAAAUAUAAAUAUAGUGUUCAUAGGAUGUGAAACCACAUAAAGAGCAGGCCAACUUUUCCUAUGCUCAGAUUCCACAGGGCUGACUGCCGGACUUGAAUAAGCACCGAUACGGGUAUACACGGAAGGCCCUAGAUCUGAUUUAUCCCGUAUGUAUACCGAGGGAUGACUUUACUACAUUUUGAUAUACUUUUGUUUGUGGUAGUAUGGUUAUUGUUUUGCCUCAAUUUUUAUCAGUUUAAAGUUGAAAAAACCUAACUAACCUUUCUUACCCAAUCUGUGUCAGUGUGACACUACCAAAAAAUCUAGUCCUGCCCCUUCUACCUCAGCUCCUCUCCCUUUAGGUUGUAGGGAAGAGGCAAGAGUAUAAAGUGUACCUUCUCUCUUCAUGCCUAUGGGAUGGCCCUCCUCUGUGAAACAAAGUGGAAUUGUAAUACUGACUUCUUAAAUGAGGGACACAUGAAAAGGCUUUGAAAAAUACAAAGGCUUUCCUAGCAAAUGGAAGUAUUAUAAAUGCAAUGGUAAGCUGAUUCUUACAGUACAUACAUUGUAGUCACUCGGUUUCACACACUCUAGUUACAAGGUAACCAGCAAAGAAGUUGCUAAGAAUAUGUCAUUCAAAGGCACAGAUGCCUAUGAACAGAACAAAGGCUUUUACAUCAUUUAAACUAAAAAAAAAAAAAAGCAACAACUAUGAAUAUAUGGUUUAUGAUUGGAUACCUAUUUACACUGAAUUUUAAAUAAAAGGACUUUAAAACUUGUUAUUUUUUGUUAAGGGCUAUAACACAUAAUACAUUUAAAUAUCCCUAUUUUUAAAUAAAAUGCAUUUUUGCACAGAAGAAAUCAUGAUGUAUAAAUCCCUUUGGUUCUCUAUUCUGUGCUGUUAAAGUCAUGUUUGUACUUUCAUAAAAGAAUAUUCUCUUUUCAGGUAUAUAAGAGGGAGUUUAGUAAAUAAAAAUCAUUUUUAGUUCACAAAAACACCUUGUAACCUGAGUGCCGACAUGACUAUCCCCUAAAUAGACCCACUAGACGGGAUACAGGUAGUAAGUCUAUAAACACCUCCGGUGAUGGUGCUAUGAGCUAAAAACAAGCACAAACCAGCAGAUCCUCACUUCAAGUGGGACAAUGAUUCUUGAAGACUUCAUAAAGAUAUGUAUAUUUUGCAUAUGAUAUUACCUCACAUAUCAUUCUCCCAUUUCUAUUGUAAUUUUUUUUUUUUUUUACAAUUCGUACCAUGCAGGAAUUACCAUUUCUAUUGUAAUUUAAAAGACUAUUUUGGUUUCAGAGAAUAAAAACCAUGAUUGAUCA